GACAACGAAGGAUACACACUCCAUAAAAUAAAUCCACAUUUCAACGCCUGGAUCAUAAAAUUGAGUUCAGCAAAACAUGUCCUCGUCGUCGUGGCUAUACCCUGACGAUGAGUCGCAUAUUGUCAGCGCCGGGAAGCCGUUGCAUAUGCUCAAUCCUAAUCAAUUUUACAAGAUUUGUCCAAAGAGUGUUUUCGACGACGAGGGCGAUGGAAGCACUAGCAGCGACGACCCGAUUUGUGGCGAUGGAUCUCCCUUUUGCUUUUAUUUUUCCAAGCCCUCCCAAAAAUCUGCCAACAAAGACCGUUUGCUGAUCGAGCUCAUGGGUGGAGGCGCAUGCUGGGACUCGGACACGUGCAAAAUGCAACAAGAAAUGCUCUACCUGGACGAACAAUUCGACAAUGUCCUGGGACGCUCCUGCAAGGAAGUCCAAUACGGUAUGCAACAGGACAGAACAGAGGCGAACAUGCUCUGCAGCAACCAAUUCGAUGACAGGGUUAAUUUCGCACAAUACAACACCAUAAUUGUGCCGUAUUGCACACAGGACGUGCACCUUGGAUCCAAAACUUUGGUUUACACCGAAGACACCGACGAUGACGACGGAAAUAACGGCGAAAGCCAGACUGUCCACCACAAGGGGGCGAACAACCUCCGGUUUGUCACAAACUGGGUCUUUAAGAACUUUCCCGGCCUCCGUUACGCUGCCGUAACGGGCUGUUCCGCUGGGGGGACCGCGGUUCCGGUGGUCGAAGCAAUUCUGCACCGGCACUACAAUCACUUUGGAAAUCGGGCCACGCAGGUGUCCUCCAUUGCCGACUCUCCUGUAUACCUGACACCGAGCUAUUUUUUGAAAAACGCCCUUAGCAACUGGGAUCCCCAGCCGAUUUUGUCUUCGAUCGGUGUCCCGUAUGGAAAAUACCGUUCAUCCGAAGACUAUCCGACCUUGGUUUGGGAUUAUAUAUUGCGAAAGGGUAGCAAUCGAAACCGCUGGGGUUUUGUGUCGCACACGGAGGAUCCUGUCAGUCUGACCUACUAUCAGUACAUGAGCGGAAACGGAGAUGGGGACGACGACAACAAAAAUUACGACGACGACGCCUAUCAUUACGACGACGACCUUAACGAAAAAAAUUCCGGCAACCAAUGGUACGACGAACUCUCCGAAUCCGUCGCCUACAUCAAGAAAAAGCAUCGCAAUGUCAAAUCAUACUGGAUGGAUUCCGAGGGCCACUGUUCGUUUGGCUUGUACUACGCGCUCCAGGACCAAGACUUCCCCGAGUUUGCCGCGUCAAUCGUACGGGAGGACCCGCUCGUUCUUUCGGCCCGCCCGGCCGCCCGGUCGUUCUUUCUCGCGGCCACCACGGGAUCCUGCCUCCUGGCCUACCUGGUUUUUCACCGGAUCCGAAGGCAGUCGUCGCUGCAGCCCAGCGAGGACGAGGAUGGGGAGACGGACGGCUUUUCGGCCAUGGACAAGGACGGGAUCUGGAUUCAGACCCCGCCGUCGGCAAUGUCAGACGACAACGAGUCGAUUAGAACAAAAAAGUAUCGGACGGUUCGGCGGCGCCUUUCAGCGCUCCUCGUGGCCCUGGAAGACUACCCCGUGACCUCGGGCUAUACCUUGUGCAUCACGGUCUAUCUUCUGGCCAUGCUUAUCAAAGAGGGAUUUGCCCACCCCAUAAAUAACCCCUCCCUUGGACCCAGUGCCGUAGGUCUUUCCAUCUUUGGCAUCAACAAUCCCUCCCUGAUUGUGUACUAUCACCAGUGGUUCCGCCUGUUUACCAGCAACUUUUUGGUCAGCGGCCUCCUGACUUUUGGCCUGGCAAUGUUCUACUUGUGGUUCCGGAUUCGGAAGCUGGAGCAGCGAAUGAUUAGCGAUUUCAAGAGCCCGUGGCUCUUUGUGACGGUGAUCAUUAUCCUGGCGACGAUCAUCAACGCGGCCUAUUGCUUGGUGCCGCCUCGGCGCGGGGCCAGCACCGCCGCCAUCCCCCUCCUCAUUGGUCUCCAGACCUUCCACCUGACCUUUUAUUGGAAUUCCUUUGUGCGGCCAUACUUGUCGAUUGGUGCCGUCCUCUUUGAUUUUAUCGUGGUGGUCACCCUGUUCCCCUUUAACAGCUGGGUCAUGAUUGUGGCUGCCGUGGUAACGGGCUGGAUUCUGGCCAAGAUGGCUCGAACCUUCGACAUUUGGCUGCCUGGGCCCAUGAUGAACGUCCUCAAGCAGAGCGGGAUCAACAUGGAAAUGGGCAGCACCGUAAAAUCCGCCAGGGAGGCCGGAAACCACCAGAUCUCCUUUGGAACAGCCCUGAAUUUCCCCUCGGCGGCCGCGUCAGAGAGCGAGUACAGCAACUUCGACGGGCACGUCAACAACAGCAGCCGGUACGAAACCGUUGACGAGCAGCGGUCCACCUGCCCCGACCACAAUCGAAGCCGCCGGUGGAAGUUCGUGAGGAGGACGGUGGUUUGCAGCCUCUUGGCCUUGUUUGUCCUCAUUCUGGUGCCGCUCUUUGUGACGCUUGUGGCAAAGCCCAACGCACUCUACGCAGAGCCGUUUUACACCGGGUGCAAAUCUUUUUACACGUCGGACAUCGACGAGCUUGCAGCCUCUUUCUCUUUGUCUGGGAGCGACGACGAUAAUAAUCAAAACGAGGAGGGUGGCAGAAGAAGCCUGGUUAUCGCUACCGCAAAAGAAACCUCGCAAUUCUUUGUGCGCUGGCUGGCAGGCGAAGGAGACGAAAACAAGGACGGGGAUGGGUACGGGUGCGCUGAAUUUUGUGUACCUCACCUGGUGGUUCCGAUCUUUCAAACCGUCCUUAGAAAGAAGAAAAUCCCGAUUGCGAAGGGCAGGUGUUUAGACAACGGUUACUCCAACCACAUCAUCGACAAGACUUUUUCGGCGCUGUCAUAUUCCCUGGAUGUGGAGCUCUAUGGUGCUUCCGGUGGUUAUGACGACGAUAGUGACAACGACGACAUGAUGUAAAGAACUGUUUAAGUCAUAGCAAGUCGACCCGACCUAAUCCACUACGCACUAGGCAACGCUGCGGAUUGCCAUUGUACUAUAGUGUAACAAUAUUUUCAACAUGUUAUUUUCUUUCCAAACUAGAUACUUUGUUUUUCCACAACAUGAAUUCAGGUCUCACUUAUCCUGCAUAUCAGACACACGGUACCGUCAGGAUAUCGUUCUACUUUUUGAAUGAAACUAAGUUACACGU